UAUGUGAAUUUUUGGUGCUCCCUCCAGGUGAGCCUUCCCAGACUUUCCCUUUUCCAGGAACUCCCCUUCCUGUUCAUGUCUAGCUAUCUAUCUACUCUAACAGAGCCCACUAUCCUGUGUCUUUCCCAAAAACAAUGAGGGAAUGAUUAAUUGGAAACCAUAGGAAAUGAUAUGCAUGUAGAUGGAAACUUUACAACUUACACAAAUAAUCACUCAAAAUCAUCCUUACAAUGCAAUGUCUAAAAGAAACUAUAGAAGAAAAGCUAUGUGCCUUUGGGUUUGGUAAUGAAUUUUAACAAAUGACACAAAAGGUUGGUAUACACAGAACAAAUGACAAUGUGGAUUUCUUAAUAUUUAAAGUUUAUACUCUGGAAAAGACCUUGUUAAGAGAACAAAAAGACAAGCCACAUAUUGAAGAAAAUAUUUGCAAAAUACACAUCUGAGAAAGAAUUUGUCUUCCAAAUACAUAAAAAUUCUUAAAACUAAACAAUAAGUUAAACAGCCCAACUAAAAAUACACACACACCUGAACAGACACCUCACCAAAGAAGAUCUCCAGAUGACAAGUAAACAUACAAAAAGAUGCUCAACAUACUAGAGAAUUGAAAGCCACAAUGAGAUAGCACAGCUGGUCUAUAUCUGGUAGAAUUGCUAAACUCUUAAAAAUGACAAAUUCCUGGAGGAAAAACAAGAACUCUUUUCAUUGCCAGUGGAACACAGCGUAUAAGACCAAAAUAUGCCACCCCAAAACCUAACCCUAACCCUAACCCCUAACCCUUACCGGUGACCCUACUGUAUCCCUAACUCCUAACCAACGUUGAUUCCUAACCCUAAACCCCUUACUGUAACCAUAAACCUCAUCCCAACCCUAUCCCUAGCCUUAGUGCCAUCCCCCAGGCUUUUUCCAGGAUGAAAUUUUAUGUGAUUGUUUGGAAUAGGUGGAAAUUUCUCCUCAUUUAGGAGUCCUUCAAUGUAACAAGGAUCUUGGUCUUCACAGAGACCCUAAACGCAUGUGGCCCAGGGUCAUAUGGAUGCCAUCAGCCAGCAGGUGGCAGCAGGGGCCCUUUGGAUUUGAACCGUGCAGCUCAGUCAGAGGGCUGGACUGGGACACCCCUACUCAUGGUCUCUCUUGGCAGGGUUUUGUUUGGUGACUCCAGGUGUCCCAACCUCCUGUGUCCAUUGUAAUAUGUCCUGGGACCAUCUCCCCCAGGGCCUUCGACCUCUCCUUGCUGUCCUGGCUACUGAUGGAAGAUGUACCUCCAGCCUGUCCCAUUCCUCACUUCCUGCUGAGACCUGGCCCCAGCAUGGCCAGCUCUAUGUUCCUCAGACCCUCUCAGGCCACCUUCUCUCUUCUAGGCACUGCCACUGGGCUCCUCCCCACCCCAUAGAUCCACAGCCCCCAGGUAGUCCUACAGCUGUGUCCACUCUUGCAGCCUGCACCCCCUUCCCCUAGUAGGCAACCCCAUCUGAGUAGUGAGGGGCCCCUGCCUGAUUGGAGACCCCCAGAUGCAGACCAAGAUCACACAGCACACUGAUAAGAGGAGGGAUUCCCACCUUAAAAGAAAGGCAUGGGGCCAACCCCAGAUCCCGCCACCCUCAGCCUCAAGAGCAGGCAUGACUAGAGGCCCUUGGUGGCCAGGACCCACUGCCUUCUUCACCGACCAGUUGGCAUGGCCUCUCACCAGUGUUCCCUCCUAACACACCUGUUCUCUCUCUUACACACCCUAAAACCGCUUGCCAACCACCUGUCACACAGCCACUCCAUGCCUGUUGCUGCUUGGCACCCACUGGGGGCCAGGGAUGUGAACAAACCUCAUCUGAGCUUGUUGCCAGGUCCUAAUGGGCAGGUCCGGUCCGCCCUCUGGGAGAGGUGCUGUCCGGUGAAGUAUAAAAUCCCGGGAUUCUGGCUGGAGGCAGCUCCUGAGACUGCCAGCAUGAAGGGGAGCCGUGCCCUCCUGCGGGUGGCCCUCACCCUGUUCUGCAUCUGCCGAAUGGCCACAGGGGAGGACAACGAUGAGUUUUUCAUGGACUUCCUGCAAACACUACUGGUGGGGACCCCAGAGGAGCUCUAUGAGGGGACCUUGGGCAAGUACAAUGUCAACGAAGAUGCCAAGGCAGCAAUGACUGAACUCAAGUCCUGCAUAGACGGCCUGCAGCCAAUGCACAAGGCGGAGCUGGUCAAGUUGCUGGUGCAAGUGCUGGGCAGUCAGGACGGUGCCUAAGUGGACCUCAGACAUGGCUCAGCCAUAGGACCUGCCACACAAGCAGCCACGGACACAACGCCCACUACCACCUCCCACAUGGAAAUUUAUCCUCAAACCGUUUAAUCAAUAAAGCCUUCUGCA